CAAAAACCCGUAAACCAGUCCAAACCGCAAAAACCGUAAAAGAAUAACCGCACUGAAUGGUUUCAAACGGGUCACCGGAUGAACGGGCCCAACAGUGCGGCCCCAAGCGGAUUGUAACAGGCGGGUUCGGUUUAUGGAAAACCACCGUCGGUGUCCGCAUCCGCCCGCACCAAAACUAAAAUUAUACGAUUAUUCAUAAUACAUGGUCAUUUUAGCAGCACUAGGGUAUUCAGAUAUUCAUUCUUUAUUCUCUCAAAUAAAGAUCCUUAACCAAAAAAAACCCUAGAACACUUCGUUAGCGCCGCCGGUGAAGGAAACUAUGUGUCUGUGUUCUUCUUCUUGAUUCUUGGUCGUCCCUUCUUCUUCUUCUACUUGUUUGGAAAGACCUUUUCUUCUUAUUUGCAAAGACAGAGCAAAGGUUAGAUUUCUUGUUCAUGUUCUUUGGUUUAUCUUUGUAUGCUCCUAUUUUCCACCUUUUGAUUUAUCUCUGUAUGUUCUUAUUUUUCACCUUUUGCUCUUUGGGUAUACUUUUUAUUUAGUUAAUUAGAUUCUUUUGUGAUAAAUAAAUACCAUGGAUGUAUAGCUUAAAGACAUGUGAGAGAAAACCAUAAGGUUGUAGCUUGACCUGCUAUUAUUAUAGCAAUUGAAUUUGUGUUGUAUUAUGCUCACAAUACCUAUAAUCAAUUAUUAUUUGAAAUGCUUGCAAAUAAAGAAAUGGAAGAAAGAGUGAGGACAACAGCUGGAUCAUUAUCUGAUCUAUUUUCAUCAGCAGUAUUUACUAACUUGUAUAGAUCUGGAACUUCUUUUCCAGGAAAAAAUCACUGCUGAGAUUUCUCCUAGUGGAAGAAUUAGAUCUAAGAAGCAGCCCUUACCAUUUUAAUGAGCAGAAUUAAUUAUUUGAGAUCAACUAUAAAUGAAAAAAUUUGGUUUAAUUUGGUGUUAGGAUACUAUAUGCAUGUCUUUCUACAGAGGGUACCCCAUGUCCAAACUGCUUGAAAAUUAUGUUGGAUUAAAUAUAGUACAGAUUGAAAAUAAUUAUGAACCUAUGAAAUAUCAAAUUGGUGCUCCUGGUAAAUCCUACACAAAAUGAGUAGCAUAUAUGGCUAUAGAAAUCAGUACCGGGUUACCAUGAAUAAUUUUAGUAGUCCUUUCAUUUCUACAAUCUAUGACCUGAUGAAUAUGGUAAACAAAGGUUUCAAAUACUUAACCUCUCCAAUAUGAACUUCACAUAUUUUAUAUACAUUUAUACACAUAAGUCUGGUUCUGAAUUUUGUUUCUCUCUAUGUAGGAUUGUUUAGGCAGCUGAAGGAUUUAUAUAGAGCAAUAAUAUCUCUGAACCUUGAACCUGCUUAGUCUCUUUAUAAAAUGUUAAAUUUAUAAGAUUAUCAUUAUUCUUUUGCAGAUUUUGUAUUCUUUUAUGCUUUGAUUUGUAUAUUGGUUCUUGUCAUCUCUGUUAUUUAUUUUUUUUAAAAUGCUCAAAAUAUGUUAUUGGGCUCAAAAAUAAAAUCAACAUAAUAACCCGAUUGAACCGUUUAAAUUAACCCGUGAUCCGCUCUAACCCAACCCGUUCAAACCGUUGAAAAUAAUGGGCGGAAAUGGGUCUAUUUAUCUCAACCGCGGUUUGAAUUGGGUGAGGGUUUUGGGCCCGAAACCGCCCAACCCGGCCCGUUGUCCAGCCCUACUACAAAGUAUCAUCUUUCAAAAGUUCUUUUAAAACCUUUUUCAAAGUAAAAAUCCAAAAUAAAGGUUUUAGGAACCGGGUUGUCCCUAUGGGGGAACCGGUUCCCAGCAUUUUCAAUUUUCAGCAAUCUGUGGUUUACUAUGAGGAACCGGGUUGUCCCUAUGCAGGAACCGGUUCCCAAGUUCAAAAUUCAAAUUUUCUGCUGUAACGUUCAGCAGGAACCGGGUUGUCCCAGGCAGGAACCGGUUCCUACUGAACCAGUGUGUUUUUUCAUUGCAUGAUCUUAUUCAAACGAAUUCCUUUUCAUACCACUUGAUCAUUGCAUUGGUUCAUGGAUAAAUAACCAUUCAAAGAGGUGUUUAACACAUUAUAAAUACUACAUAUUUCAAAAUCAUUAUUCACCUUCUUCAUUAACAAUUCAUAAGCCAUAUAUUCUUCAUCUUUCAAUAUUUCCAAGUGUUCAUCAAAUCUUAUUUUCAAGUGAAACUUUCUAUACACAUUUUCAUUGAGAAAUCCAUUCAAAGUUUCAUGCAUACAUUGUGAACACUUAUAUUCAUUUUGAGAAUUGUUUAUUUGAAGAAGAAGAUCAAUCCAAGAUUGAUAUUGCUCUACAAACUUCUACUCAAAUUAUACUUAGAAAUUAUAUCUUAUUUUUCAGGAUUGUUGAAAAUAAGAUAGUAUUGUUUCCUUACUAUCCAGGAUUGUUGGAAGUAAGUGGUGUGUUUGAAGAGGAUUGUUCUUCAUUCACAUUAGUGUUGAUUGAUCUUAAAGGUGUUAAGAACCUUUGAUCACCCUAUAGGUUAGAUAGUAGGCAUAGGCUUGUACAAUAAUUCUAACUAUAGUGAAAUCUCUUUCGUGUUUGAAAGGGGACUGGAGUACUCUCGGAUUGUGAGGGGAACCAGUAUAUAUCGUUGUGUUCUUUAUCUUUCCGUAUUUACCGCUUUCAUCACCAUUACCAAGAUAAAGAUACAAACCAUCAAAAGCCUUCAAACACUUAACCAAAAAAUAAGUACAAGUUUCAUAAAACCGAUUAAAUUUUUAAAAAACCUAAUUCACCCCCCCCCCCCCCCUCUUAGGCGCACUCUUAUACUUACAUUUGGUAUCAGAGCAGGUUAUAGGUAACCUGUUCCUAAAGAUCCAGAAUGGCUUCCGCAAAUCAGAAUCCAGUUUUUAGAGAUGGUGGUAGUAACAACAAACCUCCAUUAUUUUGUGGUGAAUACUUUGAUUUUUGGAAAAUCCAAAUGAAGGCUCAUUUAGAAGCAAAAGGAGAAGAAGUUUGGGAGGCUGUCAUACAAGGUCCUCAUGUUCCUAUAACGGUCGUUAAUGGUGUUGGAUCGGAGAAACCUAAAGCGUCAUGGGAUGAUAAUGAUAGAAAAAGGGUUCUUGCUGACAAAAAGGCGAUCAGUCUUCUUCAUGGUGCUCUUAGUAUGGAUGAAUUCUUCCGAAUAUCAACAUGUACAACAUCAAAGGAAAUUUGGGAUACUCUUGUAGAAACUCAUGAAGGUACCGCUGAAGUUAAAAGAUCAAGGUUGAAUACUUUAAGCCAAGAGUACGAACUGUUUAGAAUGAAGCCCGGAGAAACUAUUCUCGAUUUGCAAAAACGAUUCGUACAUUUGACAAAUCACUUGAAGGCACUUGGUAAGACUCUUACUGCCGAAGAACUUAAUCUUAAAGUGCUCAGAUCUUUGACAAGAGAGUGGCAACCAAAAGUGACGGCGAUAUCUGAAAAGAAGAAUUUAUCAAAACUUACUUCCGCAACAUUAUUUGGAAAACUUCAAGAAUAUGAGACAGAACUUGGAAGAUUGGAAAAGCAUGAGAACUUAGAAAAGAAAUCCAAAGGCAUUGCAUUAAAAGUAGAUUCAAUAGAAAGCAAAAUGAAAGAUGCAUCGGAUGAAGAUGAAAACUUCUUGCUUCUUGUAAAAAGGUUAGGCAAAUUUUUUGGUAAUAAAAAUAAUAUUGAUAAUACUAACUAUGUCAAAAGAAAGAAAUUCUCAAAGCAUAAAGAUAAAGAAGCAUCCACUUCAUCACAAGAAGUUACAUGCUAUGAAUGUGGGAAACAAGGACACAUAAAGCCGGAAUGUCCAAAGCUUUCGAAGAAAAAUGUAUUCAAAGGCAAAAGGGAGUUCAAAAAUAAAAAGGCCUACAUAGCAUGGGAAGAUAAUGAAGUAAGUUCCUCAUCGGACUCCGAUAGUGACGAAAGUGCAAACCUAGCACUAAUGGCAUCACACCACUCCGACGAUGAAGAAGGCGAGGUUAGUUAUGAUGAUUCUCUUUUUGAUAAUGGUGCGCAAGGUGCAAUAGAAGAAUUAUUAAAAGAAUGUAAAAUUCUCUAUAAAACUAUCUCAUCUCAAAAGAAAAUAAUAUCAUCGUUAGAAGAGAAGGUUAAGAUAAUUGAAGUAGAACAUAAAGAUGACAAAGAAAAAAUGAUUAGUGUUCAAGAAGAUAAUGUUGCAUGCAAGAAUUGUGAAUCACUUUCCUUCCAAAUUGUCCAAUUAAAACGUGUUUUAGAAAGAUAUGAAAAAGGGCAAAUUGGAUUGGAAAAUGUUCUUAGCACACAAAGAUAUUCCAAUGAUAAGAGCGGACUUGGUUUCUCUAAAUUUGAUAAACCAACAUCCAAUAAGACUAUCUUUGUCAAGGCUAGUAACCAACCAAUUCAAGAGAAAGUGAUCAAACCUAAAGUAAUGCAACAUUAUCCUAAAAGGAAGAACUUUGUUAAGAAGAAAUCUUAUCCUCCUAGAUAUAGAAGUAACUUUGAACCUACUUGUUUUUAUUGUGGUAUUAUUGGUCACACACCCAAUGCUUGUUAUGUAAGGAACUUUAGUGUUCCUAGUAGACAUUAUGUAUGGGUGAAGAAAGGAACUAACUAUGAUGGACCCAAAGCCAUUUGGGUACCUAACAAAACUUAAUUUGUUUUGUAGGUAUGCUUGAAGACCACUUCAAACCUAUGGUAUCUAGAUAGUGGUUGUUCAAAGCAUAUGACGGGUGACCUAAACCAAUUUUCAGAUCUAAAGUUAAAGGCCAAGGGUUUUGUCACUUAUGGAGACAACAAUAAGGGAAGAAUUCUUGG